UAACUCUCUCAUUGAUAAUACAAGCUUACCAAAAGCAAAAGAUUAUGAAUUAUUUUUAAUACAUUUGAUCCACGAAAGGUUUAUGCCAUUGAGUUUUUUGCAUGUUAAUGGAUUAUCAAGCCAAGAUAUUUGGAAUGUUUAUAAGUUGGAAUUUGAUGUCACUAGAAAGGAUGAUCUGUCUUCAAAAAAUAAAAACGAUCGUGAAAUUUAUUAUAAUUUCGUAAGGAGUGGAGAUGUAAAACUUGUUAAGGCAAAAAAGCUCUGUGCUUCAAACUUUGAUAUAAAAUUGAGAGAAAAUUUUAAAGAUAAAAUCAAUAAAACUUUGUCACAAAGAGAAGACACAGAAUGGAUGAUAAAUGUGAAUGGAAAAAGAUAUGAUAUUGUAAAAAUGACAUGCAAGUCCUUUGAAAAAACCAAUGUUUUUAGAUUAAAUUACAAUGAACCAAUAUUAUCAUACAUAAUUGAUUUCACAGAAUCAAAUCCAAUUGAAGACAUAGAAGAGAAUGUCUUACAUGAGUUAACAAAACUUCCCAAAGAUUUAUAUCAAGAAUUUGAUGUUUCCUCUAUCACCUAUCUGUCAUAUUUAUAUCAAGAUCGAGAUAAG